GUGACCCUUGCUUUUAAUAUACCAGUGAAAGUUUCUUCAUAUCUUACCGGAAAUAAACAUCUUGAUGCCUUUAAAGUUAGUUUGAUGGAGAUAUGAAAGAAUCUGUCCUAGUUUCUUCAUUUCAGUUAUAUAUUUUUGUGUCCUUCUACGGUGUUCUGAUCCAUAUGUUUAUGUGGACCAACAAAUACAGUGAUGGAAAUGAACUGGCUAAAUCUUAUUAAUCUCCACAUCAGCUGAGGUGUAGAAUUCACUGUAUUGUUCAAGUUGCAGCCUUCUCCAAUAUGAAUUUAUGCUACUUCCUCUUAGAUUUGUUCCUUUCCUACUAGUUUCAAGUAUGAAUUUGAAUCAGGGUCGUCAUUGUUCUGAAAUUAAUAGACCAAAGUCCAAUCCUUCUUUUAAAGGGCUGAGACUUUCCCAUCAAUGAUGACUGUAUAAGUUUCUAUGGAUUUUUUUGACUUAUAAUAAAUGGAAUUCUAUUUCCAUAUCUUGUGCUCAAGAUUUCCCUACUUCUAGUUAUGAAAUCUUUGAUAUUCUUGACGGCUGAUCCUAUCACCCCAGUUGGCUAAAUAAAAUGCUUUCUGGUAAUGUUUUGUGUGUGGUGUAUCUUAUUGAUUCUAACUGCAAAAUGGUUUUACAUAGAUUGAAGGACACGUCUUUAGAUUUAUCAUUACACAUUAAGUGAUGCCAUAUGCAAAUCAUCGAUAAGGCCCAUUUUCCUUAUCCAAACAACUAUCUGAAGGAACUUGCCUUUUCUAUCCAUUUACUUGUGUCUUCCAAUUUGUUUUGAUUAAAUAAUUAAAUCCACCAUCCGUUCACCAGCCUUUAUAAAUACAUUCGUUUAUGCAAAGUCACCAUAUCAAAGCCUAAGCAAACAUACAACCUUACUUCCGCAGCUUCUUGUUCCUUGCUCUUCUACAAACCUUUGGCUUUUCUCUUUUCCUCCUUUUGUGAGUAUAACUGCUGCCAUUUUACUUAUCUUUGAAUAUUUGGCAUAAAAAUCUUUGGAAGGAAGAAGAGCGAUUGAAUAUUAAUGGAUAGAUUGAGAAAUUUGGCAUCACAGAAAGCAGUAGUGAUUUUUUCCAAGAGAUCAUGCUACAUAUGCCAUAGCAUUCAGACACUUUUUUAUGAGCUUGGUGCGAGCCCUGCAGUUCACGAGCUUGAUCAUGAAGCAAAUGGGCGAGAAGUUGAUCGGGCUCUUAAAAGUCUAGGGUGCAACCCCUCUGUUCCAGCUGUGUUCAUAGGAGGAAAGUUUAUAGGCUCAGCAAAAGAUGUUAUUUCUCUCCAUGUUAAUGGGGAUCUGAAACAAAUGCUGAUAGAUGCGAAGGCCAUCUGGUUGUAGUGCUACAAAAAGCAAAACCUGAUGGCUCUGUCUUUGUUUCCUUUUGUAGUUUUUCCUCCCUACCUUUAUUUUGGUGAAGGGCUCGUACAAACUGUUGUAAGAAGGCUCUGAUAGAUAUUCAGUUUGCUUACCGAAUGCCAGGAUAACUUUAUAAAAUGAAGCCAUAAUCACCGUGCAACAUCUAAAUGCCUGGAUAAAUUUUCCUAGAAUUCAAUUCUUCUUUCAUCUUCAUGCAUUACAAAGAAAAUAACAAAUACCAAGUAGACAUUAAAUGUUGGCUCCAGUAUGUCCGCUACACUGUCUAUGUAGGAUUAGCCUUUAUCGACUGAAGUAGAAAAAAACAUGGACCGAUUUUGUUCUGAAAAGUGAAUAAUAAGCUAGGACAGCAGCAUGAGACGUUUUUGUGUGUAAAGCUGGUACUUGUUUAUUUUCAAGUCUACCAUUGAUAAAAAAGUCGGAAGAUGCACCACUGAGGAAUUAUGUACUUGCGAAGGAAAUCUCCCCUUGCAAAUUGAAUUUUCUUCUGUUUGGAAUUAUCAUUAGUUGUCAUGUGUGGCUGAUGUUCCACCUUUGUCCAGGUGCUCUCUUUCUUUUUCGUUCGGUUUCAAUCAUGAGUUGCCCAAUAGGGAGACGGUAGACGUUCGGACUCUCCUAAGAUUUUGAGUUCAAGUCAGGGAAGAGGGAUUUUCAUUGCUGGAGUCUUAGUCCAUCUGAGGGCUAUUCUUGUAGUUCAUUCUUCCAUUGGUUGUUGGAUUCCUCUCCUCCUCGUGAGCGAUAUUUUCUCCUUUAUCGAAAGUGAAAGUUCCAAAGAAAAUUAAGUUCUUCAUUUGGUAGAUUAUCCAUGAAAAGGUGAACACCCUUGAUAGACUUGUGAGGAAGUUUCUUUCAUUGGUUGGUUCAUUUUGUUACAUUCUUUGUCGAAAGGUGGAGGGAUACUUGGAUCAUAUCUUGUGGAGUUGUGAUUUUGCAUUGUUUGUCUAAGAUUUUUUUCUUUCAGGUGUUUGGUUUUCAGUGUGUCAGACAAAGAUGUUGUACAGAGAUAAUCGAGCAGUUCCUCCUCCUUCCUUUUCGAGAGAAGGGGAGGUUUUUGUGUCAAGCUGCUGUGUGCCUUGGUGUGGGGUCUUUGAGGUGAAAGGAAUGUAUAACCUUUAGAGGAGUUUAGAGGGACUCUUUGAGAUGUUGUCCCUUAUUGAGGUUCUAUAUUUCUCUUUGAGCGUCAGUAACGCGUAUUUUUUUUAAUUACUCUUCAUAUCUUGUUUUACUGGAUUGGAGUCUCGUACUUUAAUGGGAUUUUCUUUUGUGGAC